AUGUCAAACCUUACAAAGCUUGAAUUUACGGCACUUGAUGUAUCUGGAAAAAAUUAUUUGUCAUGGAUACUAGAUGCAAAAAUACAUCUCCAAGCCUCUGGUUAUGAGGACACUAUUAAAGAGGGAAAUAAUGCCUCUACUCAAGAUAGUGCAAAAGCAAUGAUCUUCCUUCGCCAUCAUCGUGAUGAAGGAUUAAAAAACGAAUAUCUCAGUGAAGAUAAUCCACUUGUUCUCUGGAAUAGUUUAAAAGAACGCUUCGACCAUCAGAAGACUGUAAUUCUUCCAAAAGCUCGUUAUGACUGGAUGCAUUUAAGAUUGCAGGAUUUUAAAAGUGUUAGUGAAUACAAUUCUGCAAUAUUCCGAAUUAGCUCAAAGCUAAAAUUGUGUGGAGAAACAAUUACUGAUGAAGAUUUAUUAGAAAAAACAUUCUCCACUUUUCAUGCAUCUAAUGUGAAUAACGAGCUGUUAAUGAAAAAUCAUGCGGCACGACCCACUGGUUCUGCUCCAUUUCCUGAAGUAAAUGCCAGCGCAUAUAGAUCUCCUCGUGGUCGUGGCCGUGGUCGUGGUCAUGGUUACGGUCGAGGUGGAAAUAAUUACAACCAUGUUGGUUAUAAUAACUCCUUUAGGCAUAAGAAUCACCACCAUAAGUGGGAUAAGAAGGAGGAGAAACAAGAAAACAGGAACAGUGGACAAUACAAACAUCAAGUGAAAAAAUGUCGAUAG